GUAGCAGAAACUUACUACUACACUCACACAGUCACACUUGCGGCUGCAUAGUCAACUUGCAUCGAUCUUACCUGCGUGUGCAACAACAACCAAGAGAGACGAACGGAAGGCAUUGACUUGACUUAACCUGCAGAGUGCAGAGAAGUGGAAACCGAUCGGCAGGCGAAGGAAAAAGAAAGAAACAUGCAGGUUCAUGGCGGGAACUUGGCGGUUCAGGGAAUGCAUCAAGGGUACGUGUACUCGAGGAGGGUGCUGCUGCACGGCCACAGGGAGAGCUACGCCGUGGCCCGACAGGAGGCUCCGGCCGGCGACGGGGCCCCCGUCGCUGGCAGCACCUUCGACGCGAACGUGGUGAUGAUCCUGGCCGUGCUCCUGUGCGCGUUGAUCUGCGCGCUGGGGCUCAACUCGAUCGUGCGGUGCGCGCUCCGGUGCUCGAGCACCCGGAUGACGCCGGCGGCGGCCGGCAGCCGGGAGCUCGGGUCUGUGGCGCGGCUGGCGCAGGCCGGGGUGCGGCGGAAGGCGCUGCGGGCGAUGCCGACGCUGGUGUACUCGGCGGGGCAGGCGCUGGGGCCGAGCCCGGCCCCGGCGUGCGCCAUCUGCCUGGCCGACCUGGAGCCCGGGGAGCGCGUCCGGGUGCUGCCCAAAUGCAACCAUGGCUUCCACGUCCGCUGCGUCGACCGCUGGCUCAUGGCCCGCUCCACGUGCCCGACCUGCCGGCAGCCGCUCUUCGGGGAGCCGCAGAAGGCCUCCGGGUGCGCCGAGGCCGUCCACCAGGACGACGGCGGCGCCGCGCCAGUCCGGUCCUUCUUCGUGCCGCUACCGCCGGAAGGCUUGGUCACGCCGUAUGAUUUUUAGGUCUAAGUAAUAGCUGUAGUUACAUCUGGGAUGGAUCAUGAAAUGUGCAUUGUACAUGUGCAGCCUCUUCUCCUUUAUAGAAAACCAAGAUUCAAGUGAUAACUUCUGUGUUGCCGGUUUGUACGUGAGUGAGGGAUGUCCAUGUGAUUUCAGGUUUGCCGUGCGAUGCUAACAACGGAAUACGUUGUAGCUUGUAGUGACACUCAACGGCUCAGAUGAAUAGAUUACUGAAGAUCGCAGAUGAUCCUGAUCUUGGGGAAAGCAGGGUUAGUUCCUGAUCAUCCGGGAAGAGUUCCCUCAAUUA